CGUCACUGAGCGCAACAACACAGAGAGACCGGAGUAAGCAGAAGAGCGAUUUGAGCACAGAAAUGUCAUGGACUUGUCCAGGUGCUGGGAUUGAAAAACAUCUCAGAAUCUGAGCUCAGGAGGAGCAGGGGGGGGAAAUGCUCCUCCACCGAGGAAAAACUGGAUGAAUAUUUAAUCAGCCUGCAGCAGAAAAACAGGUUGGAUGAGACACCCCGACACAAAUGUACAAACACAGGGCUCUGAGGCGACUGCAGAAGAAAGACCCCCGGCAGGAGGAGCUGGAGCUCCUGGAGCAGGGCUUUAAUCUCUACAUCAACGGCGCUCACGUGAGCAGCUCCAGCAGAAGAACUCUUCGGCCCACCGCAGCGCCCCCUCCAAACACACACAGGAGCACACGGACCGCAGAUUCCUCCAGAUUGAGCAGAGAGAACUGUGAGUCGGAUCCACAGAAACAAAGGAGUCACACAGCACCUGAGAAAACGCACAGACGACAAUGGUUGCAGGAAUCAAUGUACAUACGCACUGAGACUGGAAAUAAAGUGAAGAUUUCACCAGAACACAAAUAUUCAGAUGACUUUGAGCCGUUUGAGAGUGUGGAUAUGGAGUCUCCUCAUGAAAGACGCUCGAUGGGUCUGAAGUCAUACAAUGAACCGGAGACUGUCGACAGAGUUCUUCUGAAUCCUGACCAGGUCAAAGCUUUACGGAGAAGCCUGGAGGUGAGUGUCGGCCGAAGCAGCCGAGACUCGGCUGGAGAAGAGUCAGAGGAGGAAUGGGUCGAGGAACAGAUCGAACGAGAAGAGAGCAGUGACAGCCUCCCUGACAUCACACUUCCUGUCCAACCCACAAAUCAGCCAAUCAACAAACAGCUCAGUCACGGUGACCUCAUCAUGCUGGAGUUUAGUCGCUCGACUCAAGGUGAGCGUUCUCUCUCGGCUAAAAGAAAAGAAAACUUUGAGCCGUACAUCCCCACCAAAGCCGUCCCUGUGAGGAGACAGACAGAGAGUGCGUCUGAGACUACACACGACACUUCACGGUCAUGGAGUCGUAUAGAUCGCCCCCUGUCUGCAGCUCGUAAAGUGCAGGAGGAGAGAGAUUCAGAAGAGACAGCCUGCGGUGUGUUUCAGGCCCUGCAGAGAGAAAACACACACACGGACGGAAGAGACAGCAGACUACGUCAUCACACAACGGAGCAGGAUGAGGACAAUGAAGGUCACAAUCAUGUCAUCAGAGCUAUGAAGAGAAUCGCUCUCAUGGAACCCAGACAGCAGAAGUGUUUGUUAAACGCUCUGGAGAGGAUUGAUGUUGAGGAUCAGUCCGGUCUCACUAGCGCACACACCACUGAUGAGAGCUUUACUCUGAGUAACCAGAGAGAAGCACCCAUUCCGGUUAUGACAACCCUUUACGUUACCAUGGAGAUCUUGUCAAACUGGGGUCACUCGAGUCAGGUGGGGCUCACCGAAAUUCAGUUCUUCUGUCCACAAAAUCAAAAACUCUUCGUCUCUCCACACGACCUGGACAUCCGAAACACAGACCAGCCUGGAAAUCUCGCCGCACUCGUCAAUGGAAAAACUAAAACAACAAAAGAGCGUCACAUGUGGACGUGUCCGUUUCACCCGCCCGUCCAGCUGUAUUUCAUCAUCAGGAAUGUCGAUCGCUCUCCAGAUUUCACCAUUUCUAGAAUAAAAAUCUGGAAUUAUAACCGAAGUCUCAGUGAUCUGGACGUGGGGGCUCGUGAUGUGCGUGUCUAUGUAAACAGCACUCUUGUGUUUGAGGGGGAGCUGGAGAAGGGUUGUGGGAAUCAGGUCUUUGACUACAGCAACUGCGUCGAACUCCAGGAAUCACAUCCCCCAGAGUGCACCUCUCCAAGCCCUGUGUCGUCAAGACACACCCUGCAAGACCCCCAUAACUAUGACGACAUAUCUCAAGAGUCCAUUGCUGGCCAAUCACUUUCCCCUACAGUAGAAACAAGUCCGAAUCAAGACAACCAAUCAGAAAGAAGUGCCGCUCGACCGGUUAACCCUCCGACCAACAUGCAGAGAGACUCAUUGGAUAGAGACUCGCCCCCUUUGGACCUCACUUUGUCGUCGCAGCGGACAGCAGAGGAGUUUCCAGGACGACAGCUGAAGACCGUUACUACGCAGCCGUCCUCCAGUCAGAUUCCACAUUGGCUUCAGCCGAUGAAUCGGAGCGUGCCGGACGGAGCUGACGGGGGUCAGGAGCGGGAGCUUCCACCCUGGCUCCAACCUCAGAAUACAGAACCCAAACAUUCAGUGCUACCCGAUAUAUCCUGUAACCCUGUGCGUGUCUGCAAACAGGCGUCAGGUCACAGGGCAGUCGCGCCCAUCGAUAGGACGAAAUCCGGUGAAUUCAGCUCAGACUCAUUGGAUUUAGACCCCGAUUUGGGGUUGAACUUAGCGGCCAAACAUGAAACACAGUUGGAACAAGACUUCAGAGAGAGGCAUCGAGAUUUAGAUCUGUGGGAUGAGCAGGUCACGAGGGCGGAGCGACCCGUCAGUGGCAGAAGAAGUUCUGCAAACAAAAGACAAGUAAACUACAGCGGUGACCUCAGCAGUGACAUCACGACAACAGAGAAAAGUGUUCCAGCGUCCGGCCGUAACAGAAGACUGAACCCUCACUGGUGUGAACCGGACGAUCCCUUAAUGGAAUCUUGGGACUCACUAACCAAAUUUAACCAGUGUCAGCGAGGCCGAAUCUCAAACUUGGCUCUGGAGGGAGAUAUUCUCGAUGAGUUCGUCCAGCGGCAGUCCCGCCUGACACCCGUCGCCACCCGUCGGCUCUCUGCACCUGUUCUGGAUUCUGACCCUGAAGAUGACCCCCGUGAUCCUGACGAAGACUUUGAAAUCCCGGUUCUACCUCAAGGACGUCAUCUCGUUAUCAACAUCACAUCUACGUGGGGCGACCGACACUACGUCGGGCUCAACGGUAUAGAGAUUUUCUCCUCCAGCGGCGAGCCGGUCGCGCCCGUCCACAUCACGGCCGACCCGCCGGAUAUUAACAUUCUCCCGGCCUACGGGAAAGACCCGCGCGUCAUUACCAACCUGAUAGACGGCGUUCAUCGGACGCAAGACGACAUGCACCUCUGGCUAGCUCCGUUCACCCCAGGACGCAAACACGUCAUCUCAAUGGAUCUGGGUGUUAAGUGUAACCUAGCGAUGAUCCGUGUUUGGAAUUACAACAAGUCCAGGAUUCACUCAUUCAGAGGAGCACGAGAGAUGGAGAUUCUUCUGGACGGAAGCUUUAUCUUCAAAGGAGAGAUUGCCAAAGCUUCUGGAACUCUCUCAGGAGCGUUGGAUCAAUUCGGCGACACUAUUCUCUUCACGACUGACGAUCAAAUCCUGGAGGCAAUGGCUCAGUUUGACGACACGUUUGGGGGUGACAUGGACGUGGGCGGUCCGGGUAUGGAUGAAGAAGAACUACAGCGCCCACAGACAGCUGAUGGUGAAGGAGAAGAGAGACCCUUCACACGGGCAGGAUUCAGACAGAACAGUCCUCUGAUGAGAGCGGAUCAGAAUCCUGCAGAAGAAUCGUGUGCUGAUACUACAGAGGAGAUAUCUGGAGUUCAUACAGGCAGCAACCUGCAGCUGAAUCUGGUGAUGUCAUGGGGUGACACUCACUAUAUAGGUUUGACAGGGUUGGAGGUUGUUGAUAAAGGGGGUGAGUGUAUUCCUGUUGAUGUCUCCAUGGUAACAGCAUCACCCCGUGACCUUAACGAACUCCCUGAAUAUAGCAAUGACCUUCGAACUCUGGACAAGCUGUUUGAUGGGGUGAAUAUCACAGCGGAUGAUAAGCACAUGUGGAUGAUACCGUACACAUCUGGUUAUGAUCACACACUCACGGUGCGGUUCCAUCAGCCUCACACGAUCGCUGGACUCCGAAUAUGGAACUACAAUAAAUCUCCUGAAGACUCUUACAGGGGCGUGAAGGUUCUUCAGGUGUUUCUAGAUGGGGUGUGUGUUUCUCCUGUCGAGGGAUUUCUCAUUCGGAAGGGUCCCGGGAACUGUCACUUUGAUUUCGCACAGGAGAUUCUGUUCAUAGAUUAUCUGAAGUCUGACAGUCAUAACAGAACAUUAAUCGAGACCGACACACACACUCACCGGGCUGGUGUCAGGAGAGAUGAAUUGGCCAGUAUGGAUUAUGAAGCUCCAUUAAUGCCCUGUGGAUUCAUAUUUCAGCUGCAGUUGUUGACCACGUGGGGUGACCCGUACUACAUCGGUCUCAAUGGCCUGGAAUUCUACGACCAGAAUGACCAGAAGAUUGUACUGAGUGACAACAACAUCGCCGCGUUCCCAGACAGUGUGAAUGUUUUAGAUAAUGUGUGUGGUGACGUGCGCACACCUGACAAACUGAUCAGUAACGCACAUGAUGGACGACACAUGUGGCUCGCUCCUGUGCUGCCCGGACUGGUGAACUGUGUCUAUGUCAUCUUUGACAAGCCUAUGACUGUUUCCAUGAUUAAAUUGUGGAACUACUCCAAAACACCACAGCGAGGAGUCAAAGAAUUUGGGCUUCUCGUUGACGAUCUGUUGGUGUAUAAUGGGAUUUUGGAGUGCGUGAAGCACGUUUCACAAGGGAUUCUGCCAACGCUGGAUCCUGUUGUGCCGUAUCACACCAUAUUGUUCACAGACAACAUGAACGUCACACACAGGGAGAAGAGCAGAAUUAUCAGCAAGCAUGUCGAGGACCAGGAUGUGAAAUUGACCAAUGAAAAUCAAAUCAUUCACCAGCACAAGAAGAAACAAACAGCUGACCCAGCUCUGCGGCCCAAAACCUGCAUGACCGACGCACGAAAACAUGGAAAGCGGCGAUACUGAAAGAACCCGGCAGACGGACGCUGCACAGAUCGCAAAAGAUUUUAAAUAUUUUUCAUUUCUCCCUUUUGAGAAUUAUUAAGGAGAUUGAGUGACCUCAACACACUCCAGUUCGUAUGUAAGUUUUGUAUGAUAUUUCUGUAUAUAUGCUGAUGAUUUUUUUAUGUUUUCGAGUCACUGUACAAUACUGGACUACUUUAGAGUGUCUUUUUACUCGCAUUAUUUCAGUAUAAAGGGAGAAAAUACCAUGCAUAGUAAUAAUCUUCUUUCAAUAAUACUAUUUCAGGACACAUUUUACUGGUUAUAAUGGUUUACAUUUGUCAUUUGUGUUUUGUACAGCCACUUCUGAAUAUUUUAAAUAGACAUCAUCAUAACCAUCGUUAUAACAUAUUAACAAUAUUUCAACAGUUAUGUUUCCUUUGCCAGUUUAAUUCAAGACACUGCAUAUUCCAAAUAUUAUGCAACUACUGCCAAUUUACCUCAUAUUAAAACAACUGAUAUUAUUCUUCAAUAAAUAUCAAAGAUCCUUUUAAAAAUGGUCACUGUUUUGUUAUACAAUAAUGACAUUUUUUAUUCUGUUUGGACAAAUCUUUCCUUUUAUUAAAAAACCUCAUCAGGACUAAAGCAUAAAUUAUGACUGGAGAAUUAAUGCCAGAGCCGGACAGUAAAGGAGUAAAUUUACUUGAGUACAGUACUUAAGUACAAUUUUGAGGGAUCUGUACUUUACUCGAGUAUCAUUUUUGGGGAAUACUCAUGACUUUACUCAAGUACAUUUGAGAGGUAUAUAUUGUACUCUUUACUCCGCUACAUUUCUAUCCAUAACAGUAAGUACCCUUUACUUCUUUAAAAAAAAAAAAAGGAAACAUUUUUUUUUUCAAAUUGUUGUUUCCGUCUCAAACGUAAUUGGAUUGUGCAGGCACCACUGAUUGGGACAGCCUAUCAGCAAUCACCUACAGCUUUCCGCCAAAGUCAACUCCAUGGUCAGAUUUAGAUAAGAGACGAUGGAUUAAGAAGACGCAGCAGGUCCAUCCCGGUAAUGUGCCAACCGGUAAGGUGGCCCCACCUCGACAGACUAUUGAAUUUUUCUGAACAAGUUAAUGAUAGUUUUCGUUUUAAGUGUUUGCUCUAUUUACCAAAACAUAACUUCAUCACCGCCUACAAAAAUUCAUCCUCCAACUUGUGGAAGCAUAUCAAGGUACGUACAUUGAAAUAAGUCAAGAAUGUCGUUUUUUAAAGCUCAAAUCUGUGGUUUAUUUAUAAAGAUAGCACCUAUUUUAUAUUUUGAUCUGACGUUUUUGGUUUGUGAGAUCUAUACAUUGAGAUCCAACGAUCACCGGGCGCUCAGCGCUCAUGUCACCCGCCUGGAACAGCCUUACCUCGGCUAGUCCUCAUGACGUUUGCCGCUGGUAAACGAGAAAUGUUUAAAUUCACAAUCUAUAGCUUCGGUUCUAUUAUAUGAAACAUAUAAAUUAAAAGACAUUAAUGACUCGUUAUAAUGUAGGUCAAACGACUUCAUCCAACAAUGAUUCUAUGCAGUUGUUUACUUACAGAGUAAUAAUAACAACAAUAUGUGUUUGUUUGUGUGAUUCUGUGUUUCUAAUCAAGGCCUUAGUUAAAAAAAGGAACAUCUGCCAGAACACGAUGAAGGUCUUUGGUCUCCUGAUACCACAUCAACCUCUUCUGAUGAAGAUGACUUCUUCUCCAAUGUAAAGCAGACGCAUUCCCAUGAGAUAAGUAAGCAACUUGAUGGAUACCUAGUCUCGACAGCUGAAGGAGUGAAUACACUGGCCCCCUAUCCAGCUGUGCAUAACCUCUCACUAAAGCUCAACACAGCCCUGCCAGCUUCAGCAGCGUGUGAAAGGCUUUUUAGCAUAGCAGGUUUGCUUUUCACCCCAAGGAGGGGAUCAAUUCAUUCACAGAAUUUUGAGAACCAACUUCACCUCAAGUUGAACAAGGACUUCAUGACAUUUGAUUGAAUUGAAGUACAGUACGCACACACACACACACACACACACACAGA